AAUUAUCAAGAAAUAUAAUAAAAAAUAUUCGUUGCGAACAAUCGCACUAUAUAACUAUGGCGUCGGCUUAUAUUAAAGAUGAACAAGGUGGAACAUUCAUUCCUGCCAGUCAACGUCCAGAUGGCACAUGGCGUAAGCCACGCCGUGUGAAGGAUGGUUAUAUACCACAAGAAGAAGUUCCAUUGUAUGAAAGUAAAGGUAAACAAAUCAAAAAUAAACCUAUGUAUCCAAUAGGUGCAAGUCCAGAAUUUAUAGCAGAGCACAAAGCUAAACAGGAAGCAUUAUUAGCAGCAAAAUCUAAAGCAAUUCCUGGUGCGCAAGCUAAAACAGAAGUCAAGAAGAAAAAGAAAAAGAAUAAACAUAAAACAACUGAACAUAUAACAGAGGAAUUGGCCAAAACUACCAUCUCAGAACCAGAACAAAAGAAAGAAUCAUUGCCACAAAAUAAUAAACCACAUGUCAAUACUAAAUCAGUACCAAACAGUCAAACUUCAUCAUCAAAAUCAAAUAUGCUAAAUCAGUCUGAAGCUUCAGUAUCAGAUCCACAGAAAAGAUUAAAAACUCUAAGGAAAAAAGUUAGAGAGAUUGAAACUUUGGAAGAGAAAAUAAAGUCUGGAUUAUUAAAGAAUCCAGAAAAAGACAUACUUGACAAAUUAGCAAGGAAAGCUGAGAUUUCAAAAGAAAUAAAGAGAUUAGAAGCAAGUCAAUAGGAGAAAGAAAAUGAAAAGGCUUUAUUUACAUACCUCAGUGAAUCAUCACUUCGUAGUAGUAUGUAAACAAAUGUUUUUCAAAUUUUAAAAAAUUUUAUUACAUUCAUAUGUAAUGUCACACUUUUAUCCUGUUUAUACAGUAAAUGAAUGGCAAUAUAAAAAUAUACAUUUAUAUAUAAAAAUUAAAUUGAAUACCAAUGAAUAUAGUAUACUCUACUCGACACUUGUGAAAGACCAAUCAAAUUUGAAUAAAAAUUGUUUUUGCAUAUUA